AGGGGGCAGGUCAAACCUAACUGUCAUCUUGGAAAAAAAAACUGAUGCAUUUGCCUGGGAUUCUGCACUCGUCUGCACUAGGUGAAUUUCCAAUUCCUCGAUUUCUGGAGCAGUAGGAUAGGAUGACAUGUGAGAGAAAUGUCGUUGGAUAAAAUAAUAAAAAAAAUACCUGGAGAAGUUCCAGUGUCGAGGAGGGAGGGCCAGGGGUUCGUCGACGACCUGGAGAGCAAAACGAAUAUCGAAGUCAGGGAUCUUCUGGAGAGACAGGAUAAACUCCUCGCUAACAAGUCCUUCAUCUCGAGAUUGCCGGACAAAGGCGAGAAAAUCACAAGAUUCCGGGCGAAAUUACUGCAGGAAAUCAAUCGCAGGAAUGACCUUGAGCAAGCAGCGAAUUUAUUAUCGAGGUUGAAUAUCGCUUCUGAGGGAAAAGAUGCCAUGAAUGAAUUAGAAUGGACUGGAAAAUUCUGCGAGAAAAAUUCCUCUGGAAAAAUUGUCGAACUGGACUCGGAUGAUGAGGAAGAUCCACUUAAAAUUCUUGCUCAGCCAACAGGAACAGGAGUUCAUAAGAAGAAAAUAAUCAUUCUCCCUCCAGAAGAGACUCUGAUAAACGAGCAGGACCUCCAGGAUAUCCAGUCCUUCAGUGCAGAGGGCCUGGAUGCCCUCCAGCAUGUAAAAUACAUUGUGGAUAAAGUCGAGAAGGACGAGAGUAAUCAGAAGGAGCACUUCAAGCCCUACAAGACCACAAAAACCAACGUCCAUGAUCCCAUGAAGGAGAGAGUACGUAAAAAGGAUAAACACUGGGAGGUGACAGCAGCUACUCCACCUCUCAUUGUUCACGGGGCUGUAAAAGGUCUCAGCUUAAAUGAAUCUCUUAAAUUACAAAAAGAACAGGCGGAGAAACUCAGGGAAGUGCAGGCGAGACACGCGAUUGAACGCCUGACCCAGCAUCUGGGGAUUUAUCCAGUCGGGGGAAUACCAAAUUCAAGUGCUUAUCGAUCACGAACUCGAGAGAGUGACUCUUCAGACACUGAAAGUGAUGAGGAACACGAGGUCCACGACGAAGAGGAUAACGACAAGGCGGGAACAGUCGUCUUCACCAUUGAUUCCAUGCACGAGUGACUGAUUCCCAUAAUUAACAAUGAUGUAAAAUCAAUAAUUUUAGAACUAAUCGAUGUUACGAAAGUUUAAAAUUCGAGUUACUUCAGUUUAUCAGUGAUUCAUGGAAUGAGUGCUCAAGGAAUUGAUGUAAAUAAAUUGCUUCACUGUAAAUAUACGUUUAAGGCCCGGGUGGACUACCUAUAGAACGUCAUCUUUUGUUUAAAUUUUAUCUUUCUAGCCUAAAAUACAUAAA